UUGUUGUUAAGCCAAGGGACAAGUUACGGUGUUUGGCGUCUGUGUUGUGGUGGAAGGCGGCGACUCCUUGUGGCACUACAGCACCCACCACCCACAACCCACACCCCGCCCACACCCCGCCCACAGUGUUCAGGCUUCGCAAUGGAAAAGACUCCGUUGAAGCUGAAACUGAAGCUAGGCAGUGGAGGCCCUUCUACCCCAGAACAGAAAACGGCUUCAUCGGCACACCCGACCAUCAUAUCCAACAUGGCUGAUGAGGACCAGGGACAGAUGGCAUCGGAUGAGGAAUUGGAGGAGGAGGAGUGUAUCGAGGAUGCUCAGGGGGAGGAGGAGCCAGCUGCAGAGGAAGAGGGGCGGUCCCGGUCCCGUCACUCUCACCAUGAUGAAGGGGCAAGAGAGAAGCACAAGAAAUCAAAGAAAAAGAAGAAGAAGAAGGAGAGGGAGAAGGACAAAGAAAGGCACAAGCAUCGUCAUCAUCGGGAGAAGACAGAGGGUGAGGACACGACGGAAGAGCCUCCCCUAAAGAAGCAGCAUCUUGAAGUUGGCCCUCAGUUGGCAUCACCAUCCAAGGAGUCCACUUCUCCACUCCCCAAGCCCAAGGAAUCCUCAUCUACACUUGAAGAAGAAUCGAGUCAUGUUUAUAAAAGUUGUAACCAAUGGCAACAACUUCUGGAACACCUGCUGAUAAUCCUGGAGAAGAAGGACCCUCAACAGUUCUUUGCUUGGCCUGUCACCGAUGCCAUUGCUCCGGGUUACUCCUCCAUCAUCUCCCAACCCAUGGACUUCUCUACCAUCAAGUUGAAAAUUCAGGAAAAUGCCUACUCAAAUCUAAAGGAGUUUCAGUCAGAUUUUGAGCUUAUGUGUAACAACUGUAUGACCUACAAUCAACAAGACACAAUUUAUUACAAGGCGGCUAAAAAGUUGCUGCACCUUGGACAAAAAUGCAUGAUUCCAGAGAAGAUACUGGCCCUGAGGCGUGAGUUGCCUUCAAUGACUACCCUCUCCAAGGAACAGCUUGGUUUUGAUGUCAUCCCUCCGAUGUCUUCUGGUGGAGAGAUCGACGACACAUUAGAUACAGAACCUAUGGAGUCUAUGGAUGAAGAUACUGACAGUAAGGAGCCGCACAGCAAAUUUGAGGCAGUGCAAGAUGAUAUGACCUCUGAAGAGAUCCUGGAACAAGUUCAAAAUUCUGCUAGUGAAGCUGCAGAAAAACUAACACUAAAGAAACCAGCUAGUACACUUGGGUUCUUACGUCAGCGAGGAGAUGGCACCACCUCCCUCAGUUUCUUGACUGGGUGUGAGGGUAAUGAUCCCAACCUGAAAGAAAAACCUGUUAGCCUAGGGCUGCUCACAGGAAAGCUCACCCAAGGCUCUGCCAUGCUCCAUAACUUCAGAGAUGAUAAGCGAAGCAUGGCUAAACCAAUUAAACCACUGUACUAUGGCUCUUACUCAUCAUUCUGUCCCUCGUACGACUCGACGUUUGCUAACCUGACCAAGGAAGAAAGUGAGAUGGUGUAUGCUACUUAUGGCAAUGAAACGGCUGUCCAAUAUGCUAAAAGCAUAUGUGACUUUUCUCAAGACUGUGAUAUGGCCAUGCACCUAGUGGAUCAGCUGUUAAACUUGCUGACACAUCAGCAACACUCACGAACAAAGAGUAUUAUUGAGGAACGCCGAAGAAUGCAAGAGGAAGAGGAACGCAUCAACUCUAUUCUCUGUCCUGGUGACUCUGGAAUGUAUCCUGCAUCUACAGAUCAGAAAGGUCAUACAACGAUAGAUUUUAGUUCACUUCGCUCUCUAACUGAACUUGGUAUCGACACUAAUUUCAUAAAUCACUUUGAGGACUUGGAUAGGCGUGAGAAUCAGAUCAACACGCAGCUGGAAGAAAAUGCAGUUCUUCUGGAAAAUUUGGCAAAGGAACAGAAAGAUCGUUUGUCUCGGCAACGACCUACCAACCUCAACAAUUUACCUCACCCAUCACCGCAAGAGCUGAAAUUGGUGGAGAAAGUAACGGAUGGCUUGGCUAUGGUAGCUAAGCAAGCAACCCCUGGGGCCCUAGCUCCAGUGCCCAUUGUGCGCAGGGCCAUGGGCAUCACCAUGCACCCGGUCGCUUCCGAACCCAGUGAGCAGAUUGAGGUGGAUAUAGAGGGAACCUCGUCCCAGGAGGAGGCCACUCCUCCUCCUCCGCCUGGUAGCGGUGGCACGGAGGUGGGCACUAAGGGCAACAACACUGAUCUCGAGUCACAACUGCGGCACAUUCUUAACCAGGCUGAUGCCGCCUCUCCUCCGCCCGUCAUCCACACCCCUUCUGAUAUGACUGAUAAAAAGCUAAAGGAGAUCCUUGGAAACUGAUGAUAGAAAUGCUUGUAGAUUUUUGAUAUUACAUAUCAGUGUAUAGAAUAUUGUGUGUAUGAAUAUUGUGUGUUGUACUAGGUUACUUGUAAUGCAUUUCAUGGUGUAAGUGCUUUUUAUCUAGAUGCAUACGUCAUGUAUUGUUUCUUUCAACAAUAGUGUUUAUUGAAAUUUUAUAAACUUUUAUAUAAAUAUGCCAUUUGUGCUUUUUAUCCCAUUUUGUAUUAUGAAAAACAAAACUUAUUAUUUAUUAACCAAAAAUCCUUGCUUGGAUAAGGCUUACCAACUUCUGUAGGUAUUAACAUUGUAUUGCACAUGAAAAUGUUCAAGGUUGAGAUCUGAGAUGGUUGAGUGACACUUAAGCUUUUAUGAAGGUCUUGAAAGAUCAUAUUACACAAGCACUUGGCUUAUGUACACACGUUGAUGACUCCUGCUUAAAUAAUAACAAAAAUAUUAACCUUGUUUAUAAGCAUUUUCAAAAUUGUAUAGAAGAGUUCAGAUUGUUAUGGUUUUGAAAUUUAAAAUAGCCAAAAUGUGAAUUAAUAUGCCAAAGUGCUCCUUGUUUAGGUAAAUACCAUUUUUGAAUAAUUAGAAUUCCCUUCUAAAAAAUAAACUGCAAGGUAUGUUUUGGACAUACUUCAUGCAUAAAAGCUUGGACAUCAAUUCUAAGCUGCAUCUUGUAGUCGAGACCUCUUUAAAUCAUAUCAAAAUUAUAUUCACAUUCAAAGGGGCUCUUAAAAUCUUGUAUGGUCUUAUAUGUGAUGCAUAGUAUUGUAUUUUCCAGGAGUGUGUACACUGUCUCUCCUAAACUUGAACUGUCAUGUGGAGCCUCCUGACUUGGGAACAUGCUUUCUAUGGUUGCCUAGUAAUAGAGUUGACAUUUAUGAUAUGUCAUUAUGAGCCAAAAAAAAAGUACGCUAUACAUAUAUUGUCAAAACUUCAGAAACUUUCAUAGUGACAUGUUAGUGUAUUACUUAAAAGUUGGUGACGAAUUAUCAAGCUUUCUAUGUCUCCUUAUUGCAAUUACAUGUAAUUAUAAUAAUAAUACAGUAGUGUAUAAUAAGUGCAUAUAACUUUUUGCUUCAUUGACCUUGAUACCAAUAAUGCAUCUUAUUAUAGUGUUUGUCAAAUACCCUCUAAAAUCUACCAUAUGAAUAAAACUGUGUGUGUAAAACAAAAGGUACAGUAAUAAUAAACAUUUCUGGUAAAGUUCAUACCAAUAAAUUA